UAUAUAAAAGCUAGCCACCGCUGAUGGGUCGCUUUAGUUUUUCACUCUUGCCUGCGGCCUCGUGAGCUAAGAAAGAAAUUAUUCUUCUUUCGUACUCGUCGAUUUUUGCGUAUCGAAUAUCGGUCCGCACGGCGCACGAUGAAGGGACCUUUAUGUCUUUUGGUCUUAUUAUUGGUCUCGCUGGUGGCUUUGGUCGUCGCCGACGAAAAGUAUACCAGAAAAUACGAUGACGUGAACGUGGACAAGAUCCUCCAAAAUAAUCGUGUUCUCACUAAUUACAUUCGGUGCUUGAUGGACGAAGGACCUUGCACCGCCGAAGGCCGCGAGCUGAGAAAGACUCUGCCGGAUGCUUUGUCGAACGGUUGUGACAAAUGCAACGAUAAACAGAAAGUUAUGGCGGAAAAAGUGAUAAAUCAUCUUAAAGCAAAGCGAUCUAGGGAUUGGGAUCGCCUCGUUGCCAAAUACGAUCCACGUGGCGAAUACAAAAAACGCUAUGAGAAAUCGUAAUUUCUUACAAGUAUUUUAAUGCACGUGCUACAUUUUUACAUGCGAAGCAGCAAGAAUCAUUGUAAAAUGUAAUUCGUUGAAAUAUAUAAUAGUGUGCGAAAUGCGUUCGUCAUUGAGGAUACAAUCGAUAUUUGUGAACAAAUACGCAAUGAAGCAAUCGAAUGGAAUUCAGCCGACAUACAAAUGUAAAGUUUAUCAAAGGUUUCAUUUUAUUCGCUAAAUCAGCAUUUUCUGUAAACACAUAUACAAGUUAUGCAAUUUAUCAUUCAUUGUCCAUGUCAUCAUUUCUUCCAAAUAAAACAACAAAAGAUGCUACUGUUA